CUCAUGGGAGUCCCGAUGAAGCUGACAGUGUCUCAGGGGCAGCCGGUGAGUCUCAACUGCAGUGUGGAGGGGAUGGAGGAUCCUGACAUACUGUGGAUGAAGGACGGAGCUAUGGUCCAGGGCCUGGAUCAGAUGUAUGUCUCAAUCAGCGAGCAGCACUGGAUCGGCUUCCUCAGCCUGAAGUCAGUGGAGCGUUCUGAUGCGGGCCAGUACUGGUGCCAGGUGGAAGAUGGGGGCAAAACCGAGAUCUCCCCGCCAGUGUGGCUCACGGUAGAAGGUGUGCCAUUUUUCACAGUGGAGCCGAAAGAUCUGGCAGUACCACCCAACGCCCCUUUCCAACUGUUUUGUGAAGCUGUGGGUCCCCCUGAACCUGUUACCAUUAUCUGGUGGAGAGGAGGCACGAAGGUUGGGGGACCUUUUCCCUCUCCUUCAGUUUUAAAUGUAACAGGGGUGACCCAGAGCACUGUGUUCUCCUGUGAAGCUCACAACCUGAAAGGCCUGGCCUCUUCCCGCCCAGCCACGGUUCGUCUCCAAGCACUGCCUGCAGCCCCAUUUAACAUCACAGUGACAAAGCUCUCCAGCAGCAAUGCUAGCGUGGCCUGGAUGCCAGGUGCGGAUGGCCGAGCUGUGCUUCAAUCCUGUACAAUCCAGGUGACGCAGGCCCCAGGAGGCUUGGAGGUCCUGGCUGUCGUGGUCCCUGUGCCACCUUUUACCUGCCUUCUCCGUGACCUGGCACCUGCCACUAACUACAGCCUCAGGGUGCGCUGUGCCAACGCCUUGGGGCCUUCUCCAUAUGCUGACUGGGUGCCCUUUCAGACAAAGGGUCUAGGCCAGCAGGGCCCUCCCCACAGCCGCACAUCCUGGGUGCCUGUGGUCCUGGGUGUGCUGACAGCCCUGGUGACGGCUGCUGCCCUGGCUCUCAUCCUGCUUCGAAAGAGGCGGAAGGAGACGCGGUUUGGGCAAGCCUUUGACAGUGUCAUGGCCCGAGGGGAGCCAGCUGUUCACUUCCGCGCAGCCCGGUCCUUCAAUCGGGAAAGGCCUGAACGCAUCGAGGCCACGUUGGACAGCUUGGGCAUCAGCGAUGAACUGAAGGACAAACUUGAGGACGUGCUCAUCCCAGAGCAGCAGUUCACCCUGGGCCGGAUGUUGGGCAAAGGAGAGUUUGGUUCAGUGCGGGAAGCCCAGUUAAAGCAGGAGGAUGGCUCCUUUGUGAAAGUGGCUGUAAAGAUGCUGAAAGCUGAUAUCAUUGCCUCAAGCGACAUUGAAGAGUUCCUCAGGGAAGCCGCCUGCAUGAAGGAGUUUGACCACCCACACGUGGCCAAGCUUGUUGGAGUCAGCCUCCGGAGCAGGGCCAAAGGCCGUCUCCCCAUUCCCAUGGUCAUCCUGCCCUUCAUGAAGCACGGGGACCUGCAUGCCUUCCUGCUUGCCUCCCGGAUUGGGGAGAACCCCUUUAACCUGCCCCUGCAGACGCUGAUUCGGUUCAUGGUGGACAUUGCCUGUGGCAUGGAGUACCUGAGCUCCCGGAACUUUAUCCACCGAGACCUGGCUGCUCGGAAUUGCAUGCUGGCAGAAGACAUGACUGUGUGCGUGGCCGACUUUGGACUGUCCCGGAAGAUCUAUAGCGGGGACUACUAUCGCCAGGGCUGUGCCUCCAAAUUGCCUGUCAAGUGGCUGGCCCUGGAGAGCCUGGCCGACAACCUGUAUACUGUGCACAGUGAUGUGUGGGCCUUUGGGGUGACCAUGUGGGAGAUCAUGACUCGUGGGCAGACGCCAUAUGCUGGCAUCGAGAACGCUGAGAUUUACAACUACCUCAUCGGCGGGAACCGCCUGAAACAGCCUCCGGACUGUAUGGAGGACGUGUAUGAGCUCAUGUACCAGUGCUGGAGCGCCGACCCCAAGCAGCGCCCAAGCUUCACAUGCCUGCGAAUGGAGCUGGAAAACAUUCUGGGCCACCUGUCUGUGCUGUCCACCAGCCGGGACCCCUUGUACAUCAACCUUGAGACUGCUGAGGAGUCUGCGGAGGGAGGCAGCCUGGAGCUGCCUGGUGGGGACCAGGCUGCUAGCAGGGCUGAGAAUAGCAGUGGCAUAGGGGCAGUGGGGGGCACCCCUGGUGACUAUCGGUAUAUUCUCAGCCCUGGAGGGCUAGCUGAGCAGCCCAGGCAGGAGGAGCAGCAGCCAGAAAGCCCCCUCAACGAGUCCCAGAGGCUACUGCUGCUGCAGCAAGGGCUAUUGCCCCAUAGUAGCUGUUAGCCCACAGGCAGAGGGCAUCUGGGGCCAUGCGGCUGGCUCUGCUGGCUAACCUAGCUCCAUCUGACCCCAGCCCAGGCAGCAAGGCAUGGAGGCUCCUGUGGUAGUCUUCCCAAGCUGUGCUGAAGCCUGGACUGACCAAAUCGCCCAAUCCCAGUUCUUCCUGCAGCCACUUGUGGCCAGCCUGGUCUCAGUUCAGGCCUUGGCAGGGUGGAGGUGGUCCAGGUCUGGUUGUCUAAACCCAGGCAGCUGGCAGGAGGGGGUGGUUAUAUUUCCAUGGUUACCAUGGGUGUGGAAAGGAGUUGGGGGAGAGUAUAUCUAGCCCUGUGGGCCCCUACUCUCCUGGCUGAGCUGCCCCUUCUGCAUGCAUUGAGGUGUUUCUGGCCUGGAGGCCCAGCUGUGUCCAUGCCUAGGGCCCAGGUUUGCCCCUCCUCACAAACAGAUGCCCUUGUAUUAUUCCCCUAUAGGUAAGAGUAAGGGGUUGGUACGGUCAGUACCUGAGCCCCGUGGUAGGAGGCAGUGGGACACUCUCAGGUCUGAUUUCGUUGUCACUUUGCUGAUUACCAACCCUGCUUAGGCCAGGAGUAAAGUGCAGCUGACCAGGUCACAGCGAGGUAUGCUGGAUAACCACAGGCUAUAAUUUGCCCAAUUUCUAAAGGCAGUGCCCUGAGCCUGGCAAGAAAGGGUGCUGUAGGGCUUGCCCAGGAAUGAAUGAGGCCAGAGAGGAGACCAGGAGCCCCUCUUCAAGCCCUCUUAUAGUGUGUCUGAGCAUGCUACCAAAUCCCAAAAUAUCCUAAGACUAACAAGGCAGCUGUCUGAGCCCAAUCCACACAGCAUCCCUUAGUCCCAACUUUCCCUCUCCCUGGAGACCCUCUUCUGUCUCAGGUCUCCUGAGAAAACAGGCCUGAUCGCGCUGGUGUGGGUGAGGGGGAGUUACUGGAGCCUGGACCCCAGCCCUGGCUGGGGGAGUGCAUGGGGUAGGGCCCUGCUAUUAGGGACAUUUCCUUGCUGUUAGGGACAUUUCCAAACUGUUAGAUACUGUUUAAAAACAGAAAUAAAAUUGAAGACUAAAGACCCAA